CCAGACUGCUGAAUCAAUUUCAGCAAUAGACUACCAGCUGGGGCCUUUAUAAAACAACAUGCAUUUCUUACAUUCAAACUAAACCAGCAAAAGAGUUUGCUCACAUUCAUGGCUUUUGCCAUAAUCUUUCUCAUUUUCCUCAAAUUUUCCACAAUAGAAGCUCAACAAAGAUCCACAAACAUAAGCCUAAGCUCUUCCCUAUCACCUACCGGAACCAACUCGUCCUCGUGGCUCUCACGCUCGGGCCUCUAUGCCUUUGGUUUCUACCGCCAAGGCAGCGGGUACGCUGUCGGGGUUUUUGCUGCCGGCCUUCCGGAAAAGACGGUAGUCUGGACCGCCAAACGAGAUAAUCCACCGAUCCCGAGCAAUGCCACCUUGGCCUUUAGUGAUGGAAGGCUCGUUCUCAACAUUCCACCAGCCCAAAACACAUACAUAGCUGAUGUUGAGUCGAUUUCUGCUGCAUCCAUGCUGGACUCGGGCAAUUUCGUGCUUUACAACUCCGUUCGAGGGAUAAUUUGGCAGAGCUUUGAUUAUCCAACAGACACCAUUCUCCCUGGCCAACGUCUCAUGAACGGAAAGGAGUUGAUUUCCAGUGUCUCGGAAGGCGACCACUCAACCGGGCUUUUCCGUCUCAAGAUGCAAGAAGACGGGCACCUCGUCUCGUACCCGUUGCAAUCUCAGGACACCGCCCCGUAUUCUUAUUGGGCAUCUGGGACGAAUGGAGCCGGCGAUAACAUCACUCUCAAUCUUGAUGACAAAGGCCUUCUCUAUCUGUUGAACGAAACAGGUGCCAACACCAUAAAGAAUUUGAGCACAGCAGAAUCCUCGAAUGAUGGAAAAAUCUAUCGCAUGACGCUUGAUGUGGAUGGAAUCUUUCGAGUCUAUUAUUCGCGUACCUUGGAUCCGAAAGGCAACUGGUCGGUUAUGUGGUAUUCGUCAGCGGAUAAGUGUGACCCCAGAGGCCUGUGUGGCCUUAACGGGUAUUGCGUUCAGAACGAUACCCAGGCCGAUUGUAGAUGCCUCCCGGGAUUCAAUUUCAUAAAUCUCAAGAUUUGGAAUCUCGGGUGCGAAAGGAAUUUCGCAGCAGUGAAUUGCAACAACACCAAUGGCAGCGGAGCCGAGUUCGCCAUGAAAGAAUUAGAAAGCAUGCAAUGGGAAGACCAAAAUUAUAAGUGGACCGAAGUAACCAACAAAGAAGAUUGUGAACAAUCAUGUUUGGAGGAUUGUCAUUGCGAAGUCGCCUUAUACAGCGAAGGAAAAUAUUGCCAAAAACAAAAGCUUCCUUUGAGAUACGGAAGAAGAUCGCUAGGCAGUUCACAAGUUGCCUUUAUCAAGGUUCCGAAAGAACAUGAUCAGGUUUUGGCACCGAAGGGAACUAAGAAAGAGCUGAGAUUGGAAAUAAUCCUAAUCAUUGUAGUUUCACUUAUUACCUUUUGCUUUACCGUGUUAACAAUUUCAGGAUUUCUUAUUUACAGAAACAAGGUUUGGGUAUACAAGAAGAUUUCCGAAAGGGGGCAAAUUGAAUUCGGCGGAGAUAUAGUUCUGCGAACCUUUACGUUUGCAGAACUAGAGGAAGUAACAAACCGCUUCCGAGAGGAAUUGGGAAGAGGAGCAUCCGGGACUGUUUACAAGGGCGUAAUUCCGUACAACCAAAAGGUUGUAGCUGUGAAGAAGCUCGAGAAGGCGUUGACAGAGGGGGAAAGAGAAUUCCAGAGGGAGAUUCGAGUAAUCGGGCGAACCCAUCAUCGAAACCUAGUCCAACUCAUCGGUUAUUGCCUUGACGGACCUAACAGACUUUUGGUAUUCGAGUACAUGAGCAACGGAUCGCUUGCUGAUUUUCUCUUCACACUCGAAAAGCCCCAACCGAAUUGGGACGAAAAAGUCGAAAUCGCUCGCGACAUUGCACGCGGCAUUCUCUACCUGCAUGAAGAGUGCGAGACCCAAAUCAUCCAUUGCGAUAUAAAGCCCCAGAACAUACUCAUGGACGGGCAAUGGUGCGCCAAGAUCAGCGACUUUGGAUUGGCAAAGCUUUCGAAGGCUCAGGAACAAACAAAAACCUUCACGGGCAUCAGGGGAACGAGGGGAUACGUGGCACCCGAGUGGCAUCGGAAGCUGCCGAUUACUGUCAAAGCGGAUGUUUACAGCUUUGGAAUCGUGUUAUUGGAGAUCAUAUGUGGUCGAAAGUGUUUGGACUGGAGCCGUAGUGAGAACGAAGCUGUUCUUGAAGACUGGGUAUACGAUUGUUAUGAGGCUAGAGAAUUAGGGAAAUUGGUGGGGGAGGAAGAAGAGGUGGACAUGAGGAAAUUGGAGCGGAUGGUGAAAGUGGGACUUUGGUGCAUUCAAGAUGAGCCAUCUCUUCGUCCUUCGAUGAAGAAAGUUUUGUUGAUGAUCGAAGGAACCGUUGACAUCCCAACGCCUCCUAGUCCUACUUCCUUCUUAAGUGCCAUUUGAUUGUGAAGUGUUUUUAGUAUUUCUAUUCAAAGUUUUUCAUUGAAUUUUUCAAGGUUUUUUGUGUGAGGAAUUGAGGAUUAACCUCAUCCAAUUGUGUAAUAAUUUCUUGUCAUUGACAUGGAGAAAUUGCAGUUUUAAUUUUUGCGCUUCA